CAAAUCAAAUAACUAACCGUCCCAACAACUUGAGAAGACCUCGCUGCACCCAAUCCCAAUCCCUGAACCCUGCCCCCCACUCUCCUCGCGAUCGCCUUCUCCUCGCAGCCCGGCCGGCGAUGGGUGGAGGGAUGGCAGCAGACCUGACGCACGGGGCGGUGGCGGCGCUGGUGUCGGGGCUGGGGCAGGUGAUGGGCGCCGUGCUGCAGGUUGUGGGCGCGCCGGGGCCAGCGCCGGCGGGAACCGUGGCCAGCACGGGGCAGUUCGGCCUCGUGCUCUCCGACGGCGUGCACUCGCUGGAGGCGGUGCUGGACGUCACCAUGGACGGCCUCGUCACCGCCGGCCUCCUCCGCGCCGGCUCCGUUGUCCGAGUCCUCGACUACCUAUACAGCUAUGCCGCGAACCCAAGGGUCUUCGUUGUUUUCCAGCUCGAAAUACUGCAAGCUGAGUGCAUGCUGAUCGGGAGUCCCACAAUUUAUGAGGUCAGUGACGCCGCUCAGCCCAAGAACGGAUGCUAUUCUGAUAGACUGGGCAUACAUAGGCCUGACAUGAUCUCAAAGGUUCAGCAAGGUGUUACCAACAUAGCAUGUUCUCGUGAUCAAGGCUUGGCAGGUUCCUCUCGUGCUCCAAGGUUAGAGAAUGCUGUGAACAAUCUGCGUGGAUUUUAUGAUUUAGUGUCAGCCCAGAACACAAUAGAUUUCAAGAUGCAGCAGCUUUCACUGAGGAAUCAAGGCCAAGGGCUCGCGGCUCCUCCAACAAACUGGGAAGGCUUCGACUGUACCGGCAAUACAUACCGAACCAUUGCACAGAUCAAGGAUGAGAACUUUAGGAUGUCCAGUCAACCUGACUUGAUCACGGUUGUGGCUGCAGUUUCACAUGUAGACAGUGGUGCCUUCUGCUACCCAUCUUGCGCCUUGAUGUUCGACGGUGAGAAAUGCAAUAACAAGUUGAAAGUUGAUGCUGAUGGGUGGUGGUGCACGAGAUGCCUCUGGAGGUCCCAGACCUGCGAGUACCGGUACAUGCUGAACUGCCAAAUCAGUGACCAUACUGGUUCAACCAAUGCUACAGUCUUGCAACAGGCUGAUGAGGAAAUAAUUGGCUACACAGCACAAGAACUCCUCAUGAUAAAAGAUGUCGAGAAAGACGGUGUAAAAUUUGAGGAAAUCAUGCAGGGUAUCAUUUGGCGUCAGUGUGUACUUAAGCUGAGAGUCGAGGGCCAUGGUGUGAUGACGAAACGCAGCAUAGUUGAGGCUGAGAAGUUGGUGUCACCGAAUACCAGCCAUCUCCUAGGGGCGAUCGGCAACCUGUUAAAGAGCGAUUCGUCCCCAACUCCAUGGGUGCAAUGUGGCGUGGCCCCAACCACCCGUCGUCCCACAAAUCUGCAGGCACGAUACACUUGUGGAACUUCCAACAAUUCCUAUGGCAGCAUGAGGAGCACCAAGGGCGCAAGCUACCGGCGCCCCGCGGAUCAGCUUCCGCAUUUCUCUACUCCACCAUCAGCCUAUGGCAGCAGGAUGAGCACGGGUGGCGCAAGCUAUCGGCACACGGCAGAUCAGCUUCUGCAGAUGGCUACCCCACCAUCAGCCUAUGGCAGCAUGACAAGCACCGGUGACGCAAGCUAUCUGCGCUCCGCAGGUCAGCUUCCACAUAUCUCUACUCCACCUCCACCAUCAGCCUAUCGCGGCAUGAUGAGCAUGGGUGGCGCAAGCUAUCUGCGCUCCGCAGGUCAGCUUCCACACAUCUCUACUCCACCAUCAGCCUAUGGCAGCAUGAUGAGCACGGGUGGUGCAACCUAUCGGCACAUGGCAUAUCAACUUCCACAGAUUUUGUCUACCCCACCAUCAGCCUAUGGCAGCAUGAUGAGCACCGGUGACGCAAGCUAUUGGCCUUGGGCAGGUUAUCUUCCACAGAUUCCUGCUCCACUGUUAGGAACAAGAAUCAUGUAGGAGGAGCUAGCUAACAUUUCGGAUGGAACAGGCGCAGCGAGGGCUGGCUCACCGAUGAUCCACUGCAACUGGGCAACCUCGCGUCGGAGCCUGCCAGACAACUCUGCUUGUCAGCUUAGUUAUAUUUUUUUGUAUAUGAACCUAUGAAGUUUGCUUUGAGUGGUGCUACAGUGUGUGGAAUUUUAUUUAUGUGGACGGUGGGUAUGGGGCGAAGUGCCUCCUCCUGUUCUGGGUUUAUAUGGCCUCAGCUUCCCUUUUAUCGAACUUCUGCUAGUAACUUGAGUAACAUCAAGCUAUCGUUUU